AUGGCCUCGGAGUUCACUCAGGACGCGGUGCUGGUGUUCCUCCAGAGCCGCGGAGGCACAGUGAAAAACUCCGACCUGGUUCUGCACUUCAAAAACUUCAUUCGGGAUCAUGCGGACCAGGACCGAAACCGAGAGCUCUUCAAGAAGUUCGUCAACUCCGUGGCCACCGUCAAACAGCUGGACGGAGUGUCUCAUGUGAUCCUCAGGAAGAAGUUCAGAGGAUAUGUCCCAGGUAGCGGGGCUGAAGUGGGCUCCUCCGACCCUCCGUGGGUCCCGGUCGGGAAGAGCGCCGAAAUUGCCGCUCCUAACAAGCCGCGACAGAAACCGCAGCAGAAAGAAGCGACUGCACCCGCCCCGUCGGGAGAAACUGCAACGAAAACAAUCUUACCUGUGGCUGGCCUCGUCCUGACCAACAACAACAGCGUGCAGGAGAAUUUAAACCUGAGGCAGCAGCAGGUACACCAGUCUAUACGACCAGUGACAGCACAGGUAGUGAGUCACAGCCCACAGACACCACAGCUGAAGACACCCAGUCUGCCCACGCCUCCUGCUCUCGAUCAGGCUUCUAAAGUGGGGCAGGGGCAGCAGAGAGUGGGUUUUGGUCCACCUCCUGGUGUCACACCUGCACCUCCUCACAGAGCAACCAGCCCAGGGUCAGAGGUCCUCACAGGGCAGAAGCAGCCAGAAGCGGGUGUUCAUGCUCAGCGUGCACCCCGACGGGCGAGAAACAGGCCAAGUUACAAAACUGCUGUGAGCCAAGAUGAUGAAGAGGAGAAAGAGGAGGAGAUCACAGUGACGCAGAUUUCAGCAGGAGGAACGCGGCCCCCGAGCGCUCCACUCAAUGCCCCGGGGAGGGUCACGCCUGCUCCUUCUUCAGGCCAGAGGAGUUACAGUCAGGGUACUGAGGGGCAAAUACUCACCCCUCGGAGUCCAACUAGGGUCAUUCCGAACAACAGCAACUUUGACCUGAGACAGCAGCAGGCACACAGCACACCUGACCAGUCUAUGCGACCAGUGACAGCACAGGUGGUGAGUCACAUCCCACAGAAACCACAGCUAAAGACACCCAGUCUGCCUACACCUCCUGCACCAGAUCAGGCUUCUAAAGGGGGAGAGCUGAGAGGGGGUUUUGGUCCACUUCCUGGUGUCACACUUGCAUCUCCUCAUAGAGAAACCAGCCCGGGCCCUGAGGUCCUCACAGGGAGGAGGCAGCCAGAGGGGGAUGUUCACCCUCAGCAUGCCCCCCGACGGGCAAGAAACAGGCCAAGCUACAAAACUGCUGUGAGCCAAGAUGAUGAAGAGGAGGUCAUAGUGACGAAGGGCUCAGCAGCAGGAGCGCGGCCCCCUAGCGUUCCGCUCAGUGCCCCGGGGAGGGUCACGCCUGCUCCUUCCUCAGGCCAGAGGAGUUACAUUCAGGGUACUGAGGGGCAAAUGCUCACCCCUCGUAGUCCAACUAGGGUCAUUCCGAACAACAGCAGCAUGGGGGUGAACUUUGACCUGAGACAGCAGCAGGUACACAGCACACCUGACCAGUCUAUACGACCAGUGACAGCACAGGCGGUGAGUCACAUCUCACAGAAACCACAGCUGAAGACACCCAGUCCGCCCACACCUCCUGCCCUGGAUCAGGCAUCUAAAGGGGGAGAGCUGAGAGUAGGUUUUGGUCCACUUCCUGGUGUCACACCUGCAUCUCCUCACAGAGAAACCAGCCCGGGGUCAGAGGCCCUCAGAAGGGGGCCCCAGCCUCCAGAAGGUGGUCUUCAUCAGGAGCCUCCUAUGCGUCCACAGCUCACCCAAAGGCGUUUGAAGCACAGACAGAGCUAUAAAACUGCUGUGAGUUAUGAUGAAGAUGAUGUAGAGGAGGCCCCCAUGAGGCGAGGUUCAGGAGAAGGAGCGUGGCCACUGAAUGUGCCACUCGGUGACACAGUGAGGGCCAUGUCUUCCUCAUCGCCGUGCAUCAUAGACACGCCUGCACCUUCAUCUGUCCCACAGAUUUACAUCCAGGGCGCUGAAGGGGAAAAGCUCAGCCCCCACCAUCCAGAUUUGAGGGGGCAAACUGCAGGCCCUAGCCUGGAACUGGGCGAGACCACCAGACGCAGCCUGCCUUUGGAGACGGCGCUCAACCACAACAUCCGGCAGGGCCACCAAUACUCACCACUCGCAAGGGAACCCAAACCGGAGACCAAUCAGAGCCACGGAUCGUUGAUGUCGUCCAGCCACAGCAGCAUCUACUCGCCCUCGUCCGCUGGCGGCUUCCACAGCACCAAGUGGCCGCCGUCUAACUCCACCAGAGCAUUGGGAUGGACCAGCAGCUCCUCGGAUCUGCAGAUCAGAGCAGGUGUGCCUGUAGGCGUGCCCAGAAUCCAGGAAACUGUCAAACGAACCCAAAAGAGUAUGCUGGACUCCAUGAUGAGUCGUGCUGACACUAAAACAGUGCCUUGGCAUCGCUCCACCGGUCAGCUCUAUGACGAGCAGGAGCCCUCAGCUCGUUCGUCACCGCUGCAUCGCUCCACUGACCAGCUCAACGAGAACCAAUGCUCUCCGGGCCGAGUGGCGCCGUUUUAUCUUUCCACAGGUGAUCUCUGUGAUCGUGAAGACGCAGCGUCAAGCGAUGACUCUGUCUCCUCACCUUACCUGCGGCAGCGUCCAGGGGCCACCAACCGGAUGAGCACCAAACAAAGGAUGUCCCUCAGCAUGGGAGCCGACCUGGACCAGAUUCUUCAGGGGGAGGCAAGGGAAGGAAGAGGAACCGAGGAGGCUCGGAGGAGCCGCCUUCACCGGAUUUGUUCCUCGCUCAGCCUCCGCCACAAUCUGUCGUGCUCCUCAUUAUCAUCCUGUUCCACGCCGCCUCGAAGCCACAGCCUCGCCAGUCUGGACGAGCCAAAAGGGGAAAAGAUGAAUCCAUCUACAGAAGCCUCGCCCUCCUCCAACCACCGUGACAACCACGGUCGACAUUCGCUGGUUCCUUUGGAGCCGAGGGAACAUACCUGGCUGGUUAAGGCGGCGGCGGGCAACUGGCCGGAAAUCUACACCCUCUUCAGAGAGGAACCGUCCCUCCUCAACAAAAAAGACUUCAUCUCAGGCUUCACUGUACUGCACUGGAUUGCCAAACACGGCGACCACCGAGUCCUCAACACUCUAGGGUAUGGAAUUGAAAAGCACUCUCUUACCUUUGACGUAAACGCCAGGUCUAACAGCGGUCACACGCCUCUCCACAUCGCUGUCAUGCACGGUCACAAAAACAUCAUUCGGUUGCUAAUCAAGAAGUUCCAAGCUAAUGUGAAGCAGAGAGACAUGGCAGGUAAGAGACCUUGGCAGUACCUGAGUCUCGACGCGCCGCUGGAAAUGUUCCACUUGCUCGCAGCGCCGAUGCAGGACGUUAUGUCAGGAAAGAAAGGUGUCGAGAAGGCAAACACCAGCUGGGAGCAGCAGCAGAAGCAAAGCCGCCGCCUGCGUCACCAUGCCUCCUCAGCUUCAGGAGAGAGCCCGCUGACUAUUGCGAGUAGAACGAAGGUGAAACGGGCAACCUCACUCGCUGCGUUGCUUAAACACAAAUCGUUAAUACGAUUUCAAGCACAUCAGGUGAACUCCUCAGCUUAA